AUGGCCAACUUCGGAAGCCUAGUUCAGAACUUAACCCACAUAAAACAACUUCAUCUUAGUUGGGUAGAUAUAUCCUCGACAGUGCCUAGCACAUUGGUGAAUGCGUCUUCUCUGACAUCUCUCGUUCUUGGAGCAUGUAAUUUGGAGGGGCAGUUCCCAGUAGGCAUUUUCCACCUACCAAACUUGCAAGUACUUGAUUUGUGCUCUAAAGAGGAUUUAAAAGGCUAUUUUCCUGAUACGUUUAACAAGAGCAGUCCCUUGAAGUUGACCCAGUUAACUUUUUUAGACAUACACUCGAACAAUCUGCAAGGAGAAACUCCCAGGUCACUAUUCGAGCUUAGAAAUCUUGAAUAUAUACACCUCGACUCAAAUAACUUGAGUGGGUCUGUUGUAUUGGAUGAGUUCUCCAAGCUCGAAAAGUUGAAGGGACUUAGUUUGUCGUUCAAGAAGUUAUCUGUGGAUUUCAAAACUGGAUUUACUGCUCCAGAGCUUAAAGAACUAGGAUUGGGUUCAUGCAACUUAACAGAUUUUCCAGAAUUUUUGAAAUAUAGUAGUGGACUGUGGCAACUUGAUCUGUCUAACAACAAUCUUCAGGACCAAAUACCAAAAUGGUUGUGGAACUCAACUAGUGAAACUUUGUUGAAUCUCAACCUCUCUCACAACUGCUUAACUGGAUUUGAAGGAAAUCCAGUCAUUCUUCCAUGGGCUCGGUUAAUCACUUUAGAGCUCAACUCUAACAUGUUACGAGGAUCACUGCCAGUUCCAGCGUCGACACUGCAUAUAUAUUCUGUUUCAAGCAAUGAAUAUGCAGGAGAAAUUCCAGCAACAUUCUACAACACGGUGAACCUAACUAUUCUUGAUUUGUCUAACAACAACCUGAAUGGCAUAAUUCCCCAAUGCUUUGAGAAUUUCGGAGUUCUUCAGCUAUUGAAACUGUGGAACAAUUCUUUUCACGGGGAUAUUCCUCGAAUGGGUUCUAACACAUGCAGCUGGUUAGAAGGGAUUGACUUAAGUUAUAAUCAGCUACAAAGGAAGCUACCAAGAUCAAUUGCCCAUUGUCCUGACUUGAUGUUUCUUAAUGUGGGAAAUAAUCAGAUCAGUGAUACUUUCCCAGCUUGGUUAGGAGUGCUUCAACAAUGA